UCUAGAGGUGGGGGAUUUGUUUACACUCCGUGCGUAUCCUUUCGUGACGAGAAGUGAAAAAGUGAAUUCCGGGCGUGCAAAGGACACGAUUUCCCCGUUCCACACCAUGGCCGACGAGUACGAGCACGUGAACAAGAGCAAGCUGAAGCUGAGGGUCGAGUCGGACAUCAAGAAAAAGCACAGCAAGAAGAGCAAAAAGAAAAGUAAAGACAAAACGAAGAUGCAGAUCGUCCUGGAGGAUGCAAGGCAAUCGGAACAAAGCCACCGCCAAACAACCACCCCACCGAACCAACCGUACGGCCGCGUGCUAACGAAGGCGGAGGAAGCGUUCAAAAAGAUGCAGGAGAAAAAGGAACACAAGCGCAUCGUUGAGAAGGCUCAGAUGACGCACAAGCAACGGGUGGAACAAUUUAACCAGCACCUGGACAGCCUCACGGAACACUUCGACAUUCCGAAGGUUUCCUGGACGAAGUAGACGCGUUCAGCAAUCUGCGUGUGUGUGUGUGUGUUUUGAGGGACUUCUUACAAAUUGAAAAUGUAUCAAUAAAUUUAAAAUGUAUCAAUAAAUUAAGCUAUCCAAUGUA